ACUCAUCAUCGCUUAACAGAAACAUAUUUCCAGAAUGGAAAAAACGACACCCAGUCGCCGGUAAACGUGAGGGACAGUGAGGAUAAACUCUGCGUUCCUGUGCGUUAUUGCGGCGAUGGAGCUCAGAGCACUUGUAGCUGCGCUCCGUGCAUCUGAUGCUGAACGAUGCUGAGAGUCUGUCUGGCUUCAGAAUGUUGGAACUGGGCACCUGUUCGGUCAGCGCUCAGAGCCUUUCUGACCGCAAUGCCCUGGCAGUGCCGCCUUUCAGCCACGGGAUGGGCAGGGGCAGCCAGUCUCCACGCUGUUUGCUCCUCGAGCCGCUGGACCCGGAGGUUUGGCACAAGCACCGCGGAACACUGGAGGACGGUUCCCACACGCUGGAGCCGCAAAGCCUGGCUGACAGCUUUCUCUCCAAUGCAUCCAGCUUCGACACCCUCUACGUCCCCCAAGCCCGUCCGAUGGGCCUGCCGCCAUCUUCCUUGGAUCUGGGGGGGUCGUAUGAGGGAGCCUCCUCGUUGGGUUUGGACCCGCCUGCUGUCAGUCCGAAUAUCAUUAAACGGCGCAGAGGGGGACUCAUUGAACAACGGGACAUCAUUAAAGCACACCAGGCGCACAAGAUCCAGAGCACCCCACAGGCCCGGCGCAAAGAAUGGGAAAUGGCUCGGUUCGGAGACGAUGUUCCCGGUUUGCUGGGAGCCGGGGAUGGGGGAUCGGAGCGCAAUCGGAACCGGGAGGCUCCCGCGGUAUCCACAGGUGGAGUUUCACCAGCCUUCAAACAGACCAAAGCGCAGCGAGCCCGAACCAUGGCCCUGUACAACCCCAUACCAGUCCGACAGAACUGCUUUACUGUUAACAGAUCGCUCUUUAUCUUCGGAGAGGACAACGUCGUUAGAAAGUAUGCCAAGAAGAUAAUAGAGUGGCCUCCGUUUGAAUACAUGAUCCUGGCCACCAUAAUUGCCAACUGCAUUGUUCUGGCCCUGGAGCAACAUCUGCCCGGAGAGGACAAGACGCCCAUGUCAAAGAGACUUGAAAAAACAGAGCCCUACUUCAUAGGAAUGUUUUGCUUUGAGGCUGGAAUAAAAAUCAUUGCUUUGGGAUUUGCAUUCCACAAAGGCUCGUACCUGAGGAACGGCUGGAACGUCAUGGACUUCAUUGUCGUCCUGAGCGGGAUUCUGGCCACGGCAGGAGCUCACAUGAAUAUUUCAUUAGACCUACGCACACUGAGAGCCGUGAGGGUCUUACGGCCCCUCAAACUGGUUUCUGGCAUUCCCAGUCUGCAGAUCGUUCUGAAGUCCAUCAUGAAAGCGAUGGUUCCUCUUCUACAGAUCGGUCUGCUGCUGUUUUUUGCCAUUCUCAUGUUCGCCAUCAUUGGACUGGAGUUCUACAGCGGAAAACUCCACAGUCACUGUGAAGCUGAAGCAGACAUCAGUGGCAAUGAGACUGUGGAUUCAUCCGAGUCUGAAUAUCCAUGUGGAUAUAGGAAAUGUCCUCUGAAAUAUAACUGCUCUGGCAAGUGGACUGGACCCAACGAUGGCAUCACCCAAUUUGAUAACAUCUUGUUUUCUCUACUCACCGUCUUUCAGUGCAUCACGAUGGAAGGCUGGACGACAGUACUCUAUAAUACCAAUGAUGCCUUAGGCCCUACGUGGAACUGGCUCUACUUCAUCCCACUAAUAAUAAUCGGCUCCUUCUUUGUGUUGAAUCUGGUAUUAGGAGUCCUGUCAGGGGAGUUUGCUAAAGAGAGGGAGCGUGUGGAGAACCGGAGAGCCUUCAUGAAGCUCAGGAGACAGCAGCAGAUCGAGAGGGAGCUAAAUGGGUAUCGGGCCUGGAUCGACCGUGCAGAGGAGGUUAUGCUUGCGGAAGAGAACAAGAAUUCAGGCCCUUCAGCUUUAGAUGUGCUGAAAAGAGCCACCACCAUAAAGAGAAGAGGGGUAGAUGAUGUCCGGAGAGCUCCGGAGGAGCCGUAUGCCGACAUUUCAUCUGUAGGCAUGCAGUUAAACAGAGCGAGCAUACGCAGCGCCAAAAGAGGACCAACAUCAUAUUUCCGACGAAAGGAGCGCAUGCUAAGGAUCUACGUUCGCCGUAUGGUGAAGACUCACACCUUUUACUGGAUUGUUCUGGGUCUGGUGGCCCUCAACACCUUCUGUGUGGCCAUCGUACAUCACAAACAGCCCCAAUGGUUGUCCAGCCUCCUCUACUAUGCAGAAUUUCUGUUUUUAGGCCUGUUUCUCACUGAGAUGUUUCUGAAGAUGUAUGGACUGGGACCCAGACUCUAUUUCCACUCCUCUUUCAACUGCUUUGAUUGUGGGGUGAUAGUGGGAAGCAUCUUCGAGGUGCUCUGGGGAUUCUUCAGACCUGGUACAUCUUUCGGGAUCAGCGUGUUGCGUGCCUUACGGCUGCUGAGGAUCUUCAAGAUAACCAAGUACUGGGCAUCCCUGAGGAACCUGGUUGUGUCUCUGAUGAACUCUAUGAAGUCCAUUAUCAGUUUGCUUUUCCUGCUGUUUCUCUUCAUUUUGGUCUUUGCCCUUCUAGGCAUGCAGCUCUUUGGGGGAAGGUUCAUUUUUGAAGACUACACCCCCACUAAUUUUGACACUUUUCCAGCAGCUAUUAUGACAGUGUUUCAAAUUCUUACUGGUGAAGACUGGAAUGAGGUCAUGUAUAAUGGCAUACGCUCUCAAGGUGGUGUUAAGUCAGGGAUGUGGUCGUCUGUGUACUUCAUUGUCCUGACUCUGUUUGGAAACUAUACGCUCCUCAAUGUCUUCUUAGCUAUCGCUGUUGACAAUUUGGCCAAUGCCCAGGAGCUCACAAAGGACGAGGAGGAAGAAGAGGAGGCAUUUAAUCAGAAACACGCUCUGCAGAAAGCAAAGGAGGUCGGACCCAUGUCGUCCUUCAUGUCCUCAGAGAGAAGAAGACGGCCUUACCUGUACAGGAAGCGCGCAAUUCACCGGAGCCGUGCGGCCUACUCCUUUGAGGACUCUGAGAGCCUCGCUAAUGCUCCUCCGCUCAAUGCCUCUAACUCUUUCAUGUCCAGGAGAGAGAGAAGGCGAAGGUUGACCAUGUCGGUCUGGGAGCAGAGGACCAGUCAGCUGCGCAGACACAGGCAGAUGUCCAGCCGCGAGAUCCUCUUCAGCAGCCCGAGUGAGGAGCACGACGGACCACCUGGUUGCCAGCACCACCGGAAGCCCGGUCUGUCCCCGUCUGACAGCAAGAAGCAAGCCAUCGAGACCUCUGCGACCUCCGCUCUCCCCGAGGGCACCUUAGAGCCGCCUAUGCCCAUGGACAUACCCAUGGAUGAUCAAGACCAGUCCCUGUCUAUUCCGGAACCCCCUUUGGCUGUUCCAAUUCCAGAGCCUCCCAUGGUAGUGGACAUGACUCUUCCCGAGCCACCGGUUACGUUGAAUCUACCAGAGCCGCCCGAUUCAAAGACCCCACCCGAGACCACCCUAGAUGUCAACAACCAUUGCCCCAGACUCAAUGGAAACAGGCGUCAGCGGGCGGUUCGUAAAUACAGGCCUCCUGCGAUGGGGGACACGCUGACCCCAGAUAUGGGGCCCAGGCCCAGACGGCUACGUCACCGCGAACCUCACACAGAUGCUAGGGGGAAAGAGACGCAACAAGGAGAGGGUGACAUUGACGGCCGAGAUCAGAGGCCUGUGAGUGAGGAAGAUGAAAGCGGAUCAAAGAAUGAUGUAGAGAUCAGUUCAGAAAGCAGAGCGGCUGAACAGAGGCAAAACAAACCAGACAUUUCUGAAUCGUCUGACUCCAAACCGACCGUAAAUUCGCCCCACAAAAAGCAGCUUCAGGACUCAGAGCCUGCAACGCUUCAGCUGACCGACACACUCCAGCAGUCCCCACAGGCCACUACAGGUGUGGGCGAGACGGAUAAAAACAACCACGGGUCCUUAAACCAAGAAAAGUCCUCCCUCAACACCAGCACCGCAAUUGAAGUGACAGAUACUCAAGCAUCCAUGGAGUUGAUCUCGAUUACAGGUAAUAACAAAGAUGUGGAAGCAUCGAAACCAGAGAAAUUAGAGGAAAGCCCAAAUGCCCCCAAAGGUCCCCCACCUGUCAGCAUGUUCAUCUUCAAACCCGACAACCCCAUCCGCAGGGCCUGCCACUACAUUGUCAAUCUCCGUUAUUUCGAGAUGUCGAUUCUUCUUGUGAUUACCGCCAGCAGUAUUGCAUUGGCUGCCGAAGACCCCGUCAACACAAAUUCAGAGAGGAACAAAGUGCUGCGUUGUUUUGAUUAUGUCUUCACCGGCGUCUUCACGUUUGAAAUGAUAAUCAAGAUGAUCGAGCAGGGUUUGAUCCUCCAUGACGGCUCUUACUUUCGUGACCUGUGGAACAUUCUGGACUUCAUAGUUGUGGUGGGAGCUCUGGUGGCCUUCGCUCUCACGAAUGUGAUGGGGAGUACCACAGGACGAGACAUUAAAACCAUAAAGUCGCUGCGUGUGCUCAGGGUUCUUCGUCCUCUCAAGACCAUCAAACGACUUCCCAAACUCAAAGCUGUCUUUGACUGUGUGGUGACGUCCCUAAAGAACGUCUUUAACAUUCUCAUUGUCUACAAGCUCUUCAUGUUCAUCUUUGCCGUCAUCGCUGUGCAGCUCUUCAAAGGGAAAUUUUACUACUGCACAGACAGUUCCAAGGACACAGAAGAAGAAUGCAAGGGCUACUACAUUGAUUACGACAAAGACAAGAAAAACAAGGAGAAACGAGAGUGGAAGAGACGCGAUUUCCACUACGAUAACAUCAUCUGGGCCCUGUUGACUCUCUUCACCGUGUCUACCGGGGAGGGCUGGCCACAAGUUUUGCAACACUCUGUAGAUGUGACCGAGGAGGACCGGGGACCCAUUCAAGGGAACAGAAUGGAGAUGUCCAUCUUUUAUGUCAUUUAUUUCGUGGUCUUCCCCUUCUUCUUUGUCAACAUAUUCGUGGCUCUCAUCAUCAUUACCUUUCAAGAGCAAGGUGACAAAAUGAUGGAAGAGUGCAGUCUGGAGAAAAAUGAGAGGGCUUGUAUCGACUUUGCCAUCAGUGCCAAGCCUCUGACUCGCUACAUGCCGCAGAACAGACAGUCCUUACAGUACCGCCUGUGGCACUUUGUGGUAUCGCCCUUGUUUGAGUACACCGUGCUGACAAUGAUCGCCCUCAACACCAUCGUCCUCAUGAUGAAGCAUCACGAGCCUCGCGCUGCAGGGUAUGAUGAUGUACUAAAACACCUCAACACUGCGUUCACAGUUAUUUUCUCUGUGGAAUGUGUUCUCAAGAUCCUGGCGUUUGGUUUUACGAAUUAUUUCAGAGACACGUGGAAUAUAUUUGAUUUCAUCACGGUUCUAGGAAGCAUCACUGAAAUUGUGGUUGACCAGUUCUCUCCAAAGUCUGGUACUUUUAACAUGAGCUUCCUGAAGCUGUUCCGGGCCGCUCGGCUGAUUAAACUUCUGCGUCAGGGCUACACCAUCCGUAUUCUGCUCUGGACGUUUGUGCAAUCUUUUAAGGCUCUUCCGUACGUCUGUCUGCUCAUCGCCAUGCUGUUUUUCAUCUAUGCCAUCAUUGGCAUGCAGGUGUUUGGCAACAUCAAGCUCAAUGAAAAAAGCCAAAUCAACCGUCACAAUAACUUUAAGACCUUCUUUGGUGCGCUCAUGCUAUUGUUCAGGAGUGCAACAGGUGAGUCAUGGCAGGACAUCAUGUUGUCGUGUUUAGGAGAGAAGGAGUGUGAAACGGACAUGUCUCUCAACAACUCCACAACAAAAGACAUACGGAAAGAAUGUGGUACAGACUUCGCAUACUUCUACUUCGUCUCUUUCAUCUUCUUCAGUUCAUUUCUGAUGUUGAAUCUCUUUGUGGCUGUGAUCAUGGAUAAUUUUGAGUACCUGACACGUGAUUCGUCCAUUCUGGGUCCUCAUCACUUGGACGAGUUUGUACGGAUCUGGGGAGAAUAUGACCGCGCCGCAUGUGGAAAACUGCACUAUAAGGAGAUGUACAAAGUAGUGCGCUCAAUAUCGCCUCCUCUGGGCUUCGGAAAGAAUUGCCCCUACAGGGUGGCGUGCAAGCGGUUGGUGCUGAUGAACAUGCCGGUGGAUGAAGACAUGUCCGUCCACUUCACCUCCACUCUAAUGGCGCUGAUACGCACCGCACUGGAUAUUAAAAUCGCUCGAGGAGGAGAGGACAGGGGCCAGAUGGACAUAGAGUUGCAGAAAGAAAUCAGCGUCAUAUGGCCACACCUCUCCCAGAAAUCCCUUGACCUGCUUGUACCCAUCCACAAAGCCAGUGACAUGACUAUUGGGAAGAUCUAUGCAGCCAUGAUGAUCAUGGACUAUUACAAGCAGAACAAAGCUAAGAAACUCCGUCAGCAGCUUGAGGAACAGAAACAUGCACCGAUGUUCCAGCGCAUGGAUGCGUCGUCGCUCCCACAGGACAUCCUCUGCAGCGCCAAAGCUCUGCCAUUCCUGACCCACAGUGCUGGCUCUGCCCUCACCAGAGGUGGGUUUGUGGCACUGAGUCCCAUCUCCCCCCAAGAUCUCUUCAUGCAGCCUGUAGCCCAAGAAAGCAUGGAGGAGAGAGAGGAAUACCAGCAUCAGUAUCACCCCCAGAGCAUGGUGCCAGAGCACAAAGAGUUUAGAGCUGUGCUGCUCCCCACUAGCAUGCAGUCUGAUCCACUGCAGGUGCCAGGGAGAGGCGUCUCUAUCCGAGCCUCCUCCAUGCCACGGCUGGAGAUAGAGCCACAGCAGGUGUCUUCAGAGAGCAAACUGAUGAAGCGUUCGUUCUCUACGAUCGGAGAUCAGUGUGUGAACGGUGAUUGGCAGGAAGAGUUCUCGCUGGAGCGUGUGAGCCCCGAUCGACUGGAGAGACCCAGACAAAGAAGCUUCAGAGCUGUCAGGUCAAACCUGCGGGAGCCGGUGGACAAGGAGAGAGGACGAUCUAAAGAGAGGAGACACCUGCUGUCGCCAGACGUGUCACGCUGUAACUCAGAGGAAAGGAGCCAGUCACAGGAGAGACAACACUCGCGAUCACCUAGCGAGGGCAGGAAACAUAUGUCACAUAGACAGGGAAACACUUCAGUCAGCCCAAUCCCUUCCACGUCCGAUUCAGGGACGCCUCGAGGGCGCAGGCAACUCCCGCAAACGCCGUCUCGCCCUCGGCCUCACAUCUCCUACUCUCCCUUGGUGUGUCGUGCCCAACCAGCACAGGCAGAGAGCCGUUCCCUGGCCCGGCCCACAGAGGAAGGGGAGGAGCCUACCGCAGCCGCCGUCGCCCAUUCCACCCCGCACCGCUACAUCUCGGAGCCAUACCUGCCACUGCAGGAGGACAUUAACAGUCUGGACCUUAGUGGGGUCGAGGAGACUCUCACGUUCGAAGCUGCCAUGGCAACCAGCCUGGGCCGCUCCAACACCAUCAGCUCCGCCCCACAGCUACGCCACAGUUGGCAGGUGCCGAACGGACAUUUCCGUAAACGAUUAGCACAAGCCACGUCGGGAACAUCGGGGUGUGAGCUUCUGAGUGACACUGAUGAGGAUGACCGGUGUUAGGGGAAUGACUGUCUGUUUUAAUGGAUUCAUCCUGAACUUGUGCCUCAAUCUACAGUAUGGAAUAAUGCCCACGUGUGUGUGUGUGUGUGUAUGCGUGCGUGUGUGUGUGUGUGUUUAUUUGUUUGUCUGUGGAGUCUGAUCACAGAAAUCUGCUUUGGGUGGGAGAGCAGAUGCAUUUGCGUUGGAUGUGCAAGCUGUUCUCGGAAAGGCUCAAAUGAUUGAUAGAAGGAGGGUUGAGAUCAGGUAUGUGUUUAAGUUCUUGCACCCACCCUACAGAUGAAUCUAAAGCUCAUGCUCACAAUGCUCUCAGGUUCCAAAACCUGCCUCAAGAUACUGAGAUGUUCCAUCAGACUGCAGACAUGGACAGUGUGUUCUGACAGUGUUUACACAUUUCCGAUGGAACUGGAUGACAUACGCCAUCGUAUGCUCAGAUCUGUGUGUGGAUGUCAUUGACAGGGAGGCUGAUACGCAAAGAACAGGGGUGGUUUUUCUGCGUGUUGCUGGUUCUGUUAUUUAUGAGAUGCACACACACGCACACAUAUACAGUACAUUCUUAUAGACACUCAGAACGCAAGCAGUGAUGUUUAGUCUGGCAAUGACGAGAGGUAAAAACCCCUUUAAAUACAUAUCUUAAUGAUUGACAUUCCAUGCAGGUAACAGAACCAUGAAGGAAAUAUUUCCGAAUAGUGCAUGAGGUUUAAUGCAACUGGACCCAGGUGACGUCCUGGGCGGAGUCAAAAGACUCGUGUACCAUAUGUAAACAUAUAUAUGAGUCUCCAAGCCAUGUUUUCUUGUAAAUAGGUUCAGUUGUCUACAAGAUGUUAUCUUUUGUGAAUCAAUGACCUGUUCAUGUCAUUUUUACUUGUAAUGCAGACUAUUUCAGACCGCAUGUGUUUGACAUGAAACGUGUUAUGUUCGGUUAGACCCACCAUCUCAUUCUGAAUCAGCACAUUUUUCUUGACUCUGAUGAAUCUUGUUUAGGUGAAUCUCACGAAGAGUGUGAAGCAAUGUCUAGGGGAUAAUCCACUACAAAAAUAUUGAGAAAUUUUAUAUUGUGUUAAAAAAGGAAGUACAGUUUUCCGACAUUAAGAUUCCGAGUAUUCUUAUUAAAUACUUAUUAACUAUGUCUUCAGAGGUGUAUAAAGACCUUACAUAAUGAAGCGUUUUGUUUUUAUUACCUUAGAAUGAGCUAUUUCUUUCUAUCUACAGAGCGUGCUUCGUAAAUACGUUAUCUUCUUCGGCAAAGAAACAAGAACGCGAUGACAUUUUAGUCCUAUGUCAGCCAUCGUAGUGCUUCGAAAGGGAGGGGAAGCUGUUGGUUGCAACCUAACCGCUAGAUGCCGCUCAUUUUCAUACACUGGACCUUUAAGGAUGACCUAGACAUGCUUUUGUUUCUUGAAAUUCACCCCCCCAGUUUAAUUAUUAUAAUGCAAAAGCAAUUAAGACUAAACGUUUGUCACUCGGGUGACUCGGGGUACUUGUAAUGUUUCCUGUGAUUUCUGUUUAUAGUUUGGAUUAGAAACUGAAUUAGUGAGAAGCAUCUCCUCUCUCAUGUGCUUGAAGCACUGCACUUGACUGAGGUCGAUGGUCAGCCCUUAGAAAUGCAUUAGAGAAAUUCAAAAUGCACAUUUAGACUUAAUGUGGUUGUAGCUGUGGGAAUCUGACAUACUGUGUAUUAGUCUUUAGAGAAUUGUUAUGGAAAUAUGAAAUGAGGUUUAAAUUCCACUGUUGCUGGUGACCCAACAUGGAUUCCCCACAAGAAUACAGCAAAACAAACAAAAAGGAAUUCAAUUUACAUGUAUUUCUUUAGCAGACGCUUUUAUCCAAAGUGAGAUGAGAGAGGGUUUUUCAUUAAAGCACAUUUACCAUCACACUUUUUGGUUAGAUUCAGUAUAUCCAGCACCUCUACAAAAAGCAUUUUAGGUUUUAAUUUUCCCCUGAAGAGAAUUUCUGUAUCAUGUAUUGUGUGUGUUUUUUUUUACAUCUGAAUGUGAAUAGAGAGUAUUUGGUACUUGCUGGGGGUCACUGCCUUGUGAAUUAUAUGAAAUAAAAAAGAUUCCCAUUGCAGCUGUCUAAAUCAGCUUAUGUUGCAUGUGUGGUCUGAUAUUUUACAGUGGUAGUUUACCUUUCACUUAAAUGUUUAUUAAAAACAUUUUGAUCUGAAGGCAUGUUUAAAAAAAAGAGAAAAUGUCCGAAGUACAUUUUUACUCAUUCUAAUUAUUUUAGAUUUUUUAGUCACAGCAUAAUUCCUUUUGUUUUGAAAAGUUUCUAAAAUGUGGGAAAAAAAUAAAAACAAAAAAAGAGUAAACUUUUAAGCGUAGUUUGU